ACAAGAAAAUAACCAGAUGAGUCAAAAUCCCCAACUGAAUAAUUCUGCCAAAUUUUGACUAGGAUCCUGCAUGGAACUGGUCAAGAACAGACAUUCCAAAUCCUUAAAAAAUACACGUAUGAUCCGGAUCUUGAUAAGAAAAUACAAGAAACCAGUUAAGAUAUUUCCAGAUUUGUGUUUAGAGACUAUUCAAAAUUUAAUUUUCAGGAUCCUGUAAGGAACCUAGCCAGAAUGAAUGAGAUGAAACGGUUUCCUCACGUUCUUAGCUAAGUUCAGAUCAGGAUCUGUUCAAAAUUUAAAGGGUGGGUGGGUGUGGGUGUUGUCUUUUCUUCCUCCACACCCACACGCCCACACCCACCCACCCACACCCACACACCCCACUCACACCCACCCACCCACACCCACACACCCCACCCACACCCACACACCCACAGCCACACCCACCCACACCCAAGGAGAUUUUCAUCAUUCACUAGAUAGAAUGUUUAAGCAUCAACUAAUGAGAAGAACAUCUCUGUCAUCAAAUUCAAUCGAUCAUUUCAAGUAUUAAAUUAGCCAAAUUCAACCUUAAUGAUGACAACAGGAGAUGAAGGUGUGCAUUUCUUAAUGGAUUAUGGUGUGAAUUGAAAUUUCUUCGUCUAUCAAAUAAUGAAAGUAUUAGUAAUUGAAAUGUCAAAUAUAAUGAUUCGAAUGUUGAAAUAGAAUUAGACAUUGAUGGACUCGGAUAUUCUAUCGGUUUCAUCUUUCCAAACAUGGAAUAACAGGACUUUUCUACAGUGGAGUUUCUUCAAACGAAGAUUAACGACAAUUUUAGAUGGAUUUGAAAAUCAUUAAAAACAUCUUGUCGGUCAAAACAGAUUCGGUAAAGGUAUUAAUUUGAUGAAGUAUAAGAUGAUUAAUACAUUUUCUCAUCUUCAUUCUCAAGCGGUAAUCAUAGAAGAAAAUUAGAUUUAUCUGUCAUCAUGAUCUCGUUUGAAGGAAUUAGACUCACCUUCACCCUCAAAAUAGUAUGAAUGAAGUACAUUUUUCUUUUUAGACUUUAUUAGGUCGGAUCAAGCGCAAACACGCUCGAUCCAAGAGAAAGAUAAUCCACAGGCAUCAGCACACGCACUAUCAAAAUACCUCUGUCAGAGGAUUUUCGUUUUUUUUGCUCAAUGAAAUCUCUGUGGUUUUACUAUGCUAGCAGACAGCAUACAAACAAUCUCUAAUAGUCAUAUGACAAGCUAAUAUUGCAUGGCAACGGUUCUCAUCGUGAUGUAAUGAUGACUCAAUUCUCUUCUUUUCUGUCAGAUGAUGAUAAAACUUUGUUUUUUUUUAUAUUCAUCCUAGUCAAAAAAAAACAAAUUAGAGUUAGAGAAUAAUAGAAGAUGAAUAAUCAAAGGUAAGACAGAACUGACGAAAGUGUCGGCUGAAAAAAACACGAACAGAAACUACAUGCAAAGACAUUUUAUUUGACCUGAAGAAGAAUAAAAGCAAAGUUAAAAUACAAAUUUCAUCAUUUACUAUUGGACGAUGCGAUUCAAUCAAUAUCAUCUCUUCUUACACUUCCAGUGCAGGUUCUCUAUGGCAUUUUGGGCCCACUUGAUGCAGAAGAUAUUAUUUUUUCAUUUCGUUAUGUUUGGAGACGAUUUUACGCGAUGACCAAUACCUAUAAUCGAUAUACGAUGAAAAUAACAAGUGAAUCACAGAAAACCGAUAUCAAUCUUAUCUGUCGAAUAGUUCCAUUCGAAAAUUUCAUUUCAUUGGUCAUUCGAAUCACUUGUGACAUGUCAACUCCUUUUCUAUCGUGUCUUUCAUCGACCCAUAUUGAUUACUUCACUCGACUUCGUUUUGUUGAGAAUUUAUUGCAACAAAGAAUGAAACCUGACAACGGCUUGUCUUCUAUUCCUUCCAUCUUUACUCUCACUUCACUAUCACUGAUUAUGAAGAACAAUAAUCAGUUACAAGAUGAGACAAUUGUUCGUCUUUCUUCGAUUAUCGGACCGUCAAAAUUUCAUCAGCUCAUUUUAUGUGUUGAUAUAUCUACAAUGAAUAAAAUAAAUUGGUCAAAUUUAUUUCAAUUCCAUCGAUUAUUUAUUAGAGAGUGUUUUUAUCAACAAUUUUGUUCUAUUCUUUAUCAUUUAUCAAAUCUUCAAACAUUUUCAUUAAGCGAUUGUUAUAUCAAUGAAACUAUUCAAAACGAUCUUUUCAAAACCAAAUCUUCGAUUGACUUCGUUGACAUUGAGAAAUGCGAGUAUGUCAAUUGAUCAACUUGAAUUGCUUCUUUUGCUGACACCCUCACUUGUUCAUCUCGAUGUAAAGACUAAUCGACAAGUGUCAUUCAAUUUCCUUCAACGUUUCUUUCAAUCGGAAAUAUUUCUUUGUUAAAAACUUCGUUUACUUGAAAAAUUUAAGUUUGUCAUUAAUAUUUGUGAGUAUCAAUUUGAAGCUAUUGAAUCGAUUCUCGCUGCUUUUCGUACACCAUUCUGGUUAGAGGAUAAACGUUGGUUUAUCACUUGUCAAUUAAUUGCCGAUAAUGUAUCAAAUUCUGGUCUUAUUCUCUAUUCAUCUGAAGGAACAUGGAAUGAAUUUCCUUUCAACACCCGAGAAAAUGCUUUAUCAUACUUUACUUUUACUACAAAAGAUGAUAAUGCAGCAAAUAUGAACAGUAAAUGGUAUGUUCGUUCCGAUUUGGCUCGAAUGGCAGCAGCGCAUCAACAGGCCAUAUUUAAACUUAUUCGUCAAAUUUCAUCACAAUUCAAUGAUAGACAAAUGAAUAUUGAUCUUCCUCGAACAACAACUACGGGAGCUUGUAUUCCUGCUACAGCUCAAUUCGAAGAAGUUCAUGAAAUGUUGAAUAUCUUGGCAGGUGGCAUCGAAGCAUUGGCUAAUAAUGAACAACGUCUAAGUAAUGAAUCAUUCCAAAUGCAAAUUACACUUACAAUAUUGAAAGAAGAAUCAUCGAAGUUAAAAUAA